CUGCUGCGCGAGGAAACGCUGGAGAAGACAUUGCCUGUCCUGCAGAGUGCACUGGAGCUUUCCAGAGCCCAGGGCUCGUGUGAGUGGGUGACUUUGGCAGCUGGAGGAGCAGCUCUGGGGCAGCAGGAGGAGCAUCUUUGGGGCCGCAGGAGCAGCAUCUCUGGGCAGCAUGUCCUGCUGCGUGCUGCAGAUCACCGGGCUGAUUUUUGGCGGCGUGGGCAUGCUGGGCACGCUGGCGGCCACGGCCAUGCCCCAGUGGAGGGUGUCUGCCCACGUGGAGGCCAACCUGGUGGUGUUUGAGAGCGUCUGGGAGGGGCUGUGGAUGGACUGCAUCAGCCAGCUGGGCCGCAGGCUGCAGUGCAAGCUCUACGACUCGGUGCUGGCGCUGCCGCCGCCGCUCGAGGCCCUGCGCGCCCUGAUGUGCCUGGCCGUGCUGCUGGCCAUCGCGGCCUUCCUCAUGGCCAUCGUGGGGGUCAAGUACAGCCAGCCCGGCAAGGAGGGGCCCCGGGCCGUCAGCACCUUCAUCCUGGCGGCGGGGGUGGCCUUCCUGCUGACGGGCAGCCUGGUGCUGGUGCCCGUGUCCUGGACCGGGGGCGGCAUCGUGCGUGAUUUCUACGACCCCGCGGUGCCCGUGCCCCUCAAGCGGGAGCUGGGCGCUGCCCUCUACGUGGGCUGGGCCAGCGGCGCCCUGCUGCUGGCUGCAGGGGCCAUGUACUGCCACGUCUGGGGCCGGGCUGGCAGCCACAGCCACCCCUGGCUGGCGGCUCUGGCAGCGCCGGCCCCGGGCGUCCAUGCCUACGUGUAG